AGAACUCAGAUCAGCUCCUCUACUGAAGCUAAACUCUAGCUUUCACCAAGAAAGAAACGAGAAACCAGCGUGACCGGAGCAGCAGUUUUGAAACUCCACGAGAAGAAUAAGACAAGACAAGAGAUCAACUUGAUCAGAGGAAGUUUCUCAAGCUCAAACUCUGAGACGACAGGGAGAUUUUUAUUUUGCCACAAAGACUUUGGAAGAAUCUAAUUUUCUACUCAAAGGAAGAGAAGAUGUAUGCUGGACUGAAGAAAAUGCUGUUGCUGCCUGUGCUGUGCAUCAUGCUGUCACACAUGGCUGCGGGUCAGGAGUGCAGCGGCCAGUGCUCGUGCCCCUCCAGCCCUCCCCAGUGCGCUCCGGGAGUGAGCCUGGUGCUGGACGGCUGCGGCUGCUGCAGGGUCUGCGCCAAGCAGAUGGGCGAACUGUGCACCGAGAAAGACGUCUGCGACCCGCACAAAGGCCUCUACUGCGACUUCGGCGCCCCCAUCAACAGACGCAUUGGCGUGUGCACAGCUCGAGACGGAGCCACCUGCGUGUUCGGCGGCAUGGUUUACAAGAGCGGCGAGACUUUCCAGAGCAGCUGCAAGUACCAGUGUACCUGCCUGGACGGAGCGGUGGGCUGCGUUCCUCUCUGCUCCAUGGACAUCCGGCUUCCCAGUCCCGACUGCCCAAUGCCGAGACGCGUCAAGGUGCCAGGAAAGUGCUGCGAGGAGUGGGAGUGCGAUUCCCCCAACAGACACAGCUUCAUGGGCUCUGCUUUGGCCGCUUACAGAGAAGAGGAGACCUACGGCCCAGACCCCUCUAUGAUGAGGGAGAACUGCCUGGUUCAGACUACUGAAUGGAGCGCCUGCUCUAAGACCUGUGGCCUCGGGAUUUCCACCAGGGUCACCAACGACAACCGCGACUGCCGCCUGGAGAAGCAGACCCGGCUGUGCAUGGUGCGGCCGUGCGAGUCACAGCUGGAGCAAAGCAUCAGGAAAGGAAAAAAGUGCAUCCGCACGCCCAGACUCUCCAAACCCAUGAAGUUUGAGAUCUCCGGCUGCACCACCACCAAGUCCUACAGGCCCAAGUUCUGCGGCGUCUGCCUGGACGGGCGGUGCUGCACCCCCCACAGGACCACCACCCUGCCCAUGGAGUUCAAAUGCCCCGACGGACAAGUCAUGAAGAAGCACAUGAUGUUCAUCAAGUCCUGUGCCUGCCACCACAACUGUCCCGGGGAGAACGACAUCUUUGAGUCCAUGUACUACAAGAAGAUGAUGGGAGACAUGGCGUGAGCCACCGGCGGACGACUAGAGCGAACGACUUGAAAAAACAAAACAGAACUCCAUCUCAUUUUGCAGCUCAGUAUAUGUACUUGUAACGUUUUAUUCGUCAUCUUCUCAUUGUAAAAGUAGCGCGGACACGUGUAGUGUCUGUGUGUGUGUGUGUUUUGUACGGCUGGUGCACGUCAGCCUCAUAGACUCAGACAGAGGGUUGCCUUGCAGCUCGAAGAGAUUCCUGCACUAUAACUUCUUUUUUUUUUUUUGAUAAAUCUACUGUCAGGUUUCCACCCGUUCCCCUUUUGACAAACCCCGUCCAUUUUUCUGUUUGUAUUUUUUUUUUUAUACCUGAUCUAAACCUUGACCUCCUCUGUAAAUGAGGUGUCUAAUGAGUCCCUCCACCCUCUGGAGUCCAAGACCAGACCUGCCAACUCUGAGCAGCUGUACAGGGAGCAGAGCAGACCACAGCGGGUCAGUGUUCCCCUGCACAAACAGGUCUGAAUGUGUCCUUGUGUGCGCGAGUGUAACGCGUGCGUGUUGUCUGUUUAAGCACGGGUCUGAAUGUCCUGCCUUGUGCGUGUUGCGCACGCUGCUCGGCCCCGCUCGCACACUGGAGGAAAGGUCAGAGUUUCCGCCAGGCAUGUGGACGAGAAAGCAAAGCGGCCUGCUGAGUUUAGGGUUAGAUACGGAGCACAGUGGGCUUUGCCACGGCACUGAGAAAAGAAAAAAAAAAUAAGAACUAUGUGUUGACUAUUGCUGAUUCAGGUCAGACAGCAGAAACCAAGCAUCUAGAGGAACAAAA